GUCCAAUUUUCAGCUUCAGCUUCAGCUGUCACAAGUGAUAUAAAAAAUUUGAUCGAUAUAUACCAGCAAGCAAGUGAAUGGUUACAUGCUUUAAGGGCUGUUGUCUCUAUUCUUGCGUGGAUUACAGAAACAAAAAAACUCGCGAUAAACAAGAAG